ACAUGGCUGCCGACGUGGCAGUCGUACCAGCGCAACGAAAUGAAACUCUCGCCUCGCCACCUCAGCCGUACUCCUUUCGUGCUGUAGUUUUGCUGCACCUGAUUGUUGUCUCUAACCAAACAAUAACCGAAGGAAUGGCCACCAAAACUGUAGAUUUAGAGCUGAAAAAGGCUUUUGGCGAACUCCAGCACAAGAUGACUGACACUGCGCAAAAGCUGAAACUUGCUGACAUGCAAAUCGAUGGCUUGAAAAAGUCAAAAAUUCAUACAGAACUGACAGUUCAAGAAAUUAAAAGUAUGCCUCCCAAAACAAACACAUAUGAGAGUGUGGGUAGAAUGUUUAUUCUUCGUGACAUGCCAGAAAUCACUCAAGACCUUCAGUUGAAAGCACUAAAGUAUGAAGAAAAAAUUAAGACCCUUGAGAAUAACAAAGUGUUUCUUGAACGUAACUUAAAGGAGGCUGAAAAUAAUCUUCGGGAAAUGGUCCAACAAAGAAAGGCAUAGGCUUUAACCAAUUUCAACUGUUUAUUUAUAUACAAUAAAUGUUAUUAAUUAAUG